CAACCAGAUUGAACUGAAUAGUGAUGACUUAGAUACAACUUACAACUACAGCAGGAUGCACACGCCUAAUUCAAUUAUGUAUGAAUUGUAUGAUCAUUAUCACUUUCACUUUGUUUAUAACCUUAUCUAUCGUUAAAUUAGUAGUAAUGAUAUAUGAUAUCUAAGAUAUAAUUUGAAUAUUUGUUUUGUGUAUAUUUUAAAGCAAUUGCUGUUAUACUGACAUGUCGUUAUCUAUUGAAAAACAAAUUGAAUUAUUAUUAGCUGGUCAUCCAUUAGAAAUUGGUGACACGCAUGAUAGUACCCAUGCGGUACAAGAUGAAAUAGGAGGAAAAGGAACACCUAGUACUUAUAUACCAAUUUGUCAAAAAACUGUAACAUACAUUGUUGCUGCUGUAGUGAUAAAUAAUCAAGGGGAAGUAUUAAUGAUGCAAGAAGCAAAAGCUACUUGCAGUGGAAAAUGGUAUUUACCUGCUGGUCGUGUUGAACCUAAUGAAAAUUUAUUAGAUGCUGUUAAAAGAGAAGUCUUAGAAGAAACAGGGCUUACAUUAGAUCCAGAAACAUUGAUAUUAGUAGAAUGUGCAACUGGUUCAUGGUUCCGAUUUGUAUUUACUGGCAAAAUAACUGGUGGUAAAUUAAAAACAUUAGAAGAAGCAAAUGAAGAAUCGUUACAAGCAUGCUGGGUGAAUAAUGUAAAUGAUCUGUCACUCAGAUCACAUGAUAUUAUAUCUUUGAUAGAAAGAGGUAAAACUUAUGUCACGAAUAAGAAUAUUCCACAACAUCCAUAUUUAAUGCCAAUUAGUACACCAUUGUCCAAAUUAUUGUUGCGGCUAUCAAUCACUUCGAAAAAAAGAUCAACGAAUAAAUUGCAUGUACUUGUAUCAGAUACCAUGCCAUUCCAUUUACCAAUUUGUGAAAUUAAUCCACAUCGCAACCUUCUUUCUACUUUACAUAACUUUAUGAAGGAAUUAUUUGGAAAUGGAGUUGCACAGCAUAAACCACAUGGAAUACUUUCCUUAGAAUUCAGUGGAGGGCAAGGAGGAGAUGGACUUUGUUUAACAUUAUUAGUAUCAUUCAAGUUACCUGUGGAAGAUGUACCUGCUACAGGAAAAUUCAUUUGGCAUGAGCUACCUGAAAAUCUCGCUACAAGUAUUACUUAUCGCUUACCACGAAACAUGACAGUGCCUUUAAAUGUUAUACGAUGAUCAGAUAUUCAUACUUAGUGUACAAGUGAACAUUAGGUGUGCAUAGUAUAAUUGCAUUUCAAAUUUUAUGUAUGAGAAAUUUUAUUAAUUUUUCUUUUUCUAGAAAAUGAGGUAAAAAAUUUUUGGACUGGCACGCUCUUAAUAUUUUGACUAUAAUUAUGCAUUCAGUAACUUGCAAUUUUACAUUUUUACAUUGUCAGAACAGAAUUAUAAAAUUUCUUAGUUGAGAAAUAUAAUUGAGAACAAAAUAAUUAGUGCGCACGUACAUUCGCACAUAAUUCUAUAUAUACGGAUAUACAAACGAGGUAUACUUAUCUGAUAUUAAUAUCUAAUAAUUUCUAAUUAUAUUAAAAAAUAUUUAUGUUAUAUAUUUACAUUUUUCCUAGUCUGUACCAAUGAUUUUUUUAACAAGAAUGAAUAUGUAGUAUGUAGUAUAUGUAACUCACAUACAAGUCUAUAACAUAAUAUCAUUAAUACUAAUUAUAAAUAAAUGACGUGAAUGUAUUUUAUCAGAGAAAAACUGCUAGCAUUUCCAGUUGGUACCAAAAAUUUUGAGAAAGAAGAGAUCUUUUUGCUUCAAUCUUAAAACCCAUGUAGAAAUUUUUAUAAAAAUAUUCAUAAUAUAGAUAAAUGUAGGAAGCUGAUAUCCUGAUAGUAGACAUUUAUUUUUAUAUGUCAUAGAAUAUUAUAAAGAACAGUUAUUUUACGUUCCAAAUACAAGUACGUAAAAUGUACAAAUAUAACAAAGUUUGAAAAAAUUAUUAAACACAAAUACAGACAUAAUACACUA